UUAAUUUUAUUUCAUUUAUUUUAUAACGAAUACCUUCUUAAAUUAUUCUCCAAUGUAUUAGUUUUGAUUUUUAAUUUGCUGUUCUUAUAACUUUUAAUUCAACAUGAAGAUUUUCUGACAAAACCAACCCAACGAAAAAGUAAAAACCGUUGUUGUCGGUUUCAUCGCCUGCUUCCUGUUGACUAGUUUUAAAUGAUACUAAGCAUUUCUGAUGGCAUUGGAAAAUAAUAGCGGAGGAAUGUAUAUAAAGAGGGAAAGUAAUGUCGUUGAAAUGACACAAUCACAACCUCAAACCGUUUGUUUUGUGUGCGGAAGCAAUGGACACCCUGAACAAUUUUGGCUUCGCAGCAAACCAAAUCCGGCUAAUAACUCCGAAGCUUAUUUUCCAUUUUUAGAAACACACGAACCUCCUAUAGGAUAUAAACAUGCUACGAAACAAGAACCAAUGGUUGCCGUUUGUUAUUUAUGUCAUUGUUUCCUAUUACAACAGUGGGACCGCUACCAGAGAGAGAAUACUCCGCACGCUAAACGCAUGUAUUGGUUAAAGCGCUGUGAUAACGGUCCCUACAUGGGAGCUGAAAUGUCAUCCCAGGGAGAAUACGCUUGUCAGAUAUUAGGCUUGAAUUUCGAAUAUGUUCAUAAUAAAGAUCAGCUAGGAAAUAUUGGGACCACGUCAUCGAAUAUGAUUCCGCCGUCCAAUUCUGUAUCUAGUACUCCGAAAAAUUCAACAACCGUCGUAACUACUAGUGUAAACCAAAACAGUAUAUGUAACGUAAACUCAUUACCGGAUGAAGCAAAAACUAGUACGGUCAGUGCGAUCGUAAGUUUGAGUAAUAAAUCGGAACAAAUGCUUUUACGACAAGCCGAAGGACAAACAAAUUUUUCAUCUGCUCCUUUGGAUUUACGUCAAUCUCCCUCCAUUGCUGUCCAUAAUGGAAAUGCUCAUUCUAAUCCGGGUAGUUACAGUAGUUCAGGAACUGACAUUUUAGACUUAUCUAUGCCAGAUAAAAAUUCGAUGACUGAAGUUUGUUAUGUAUGUGGAGAUGAAUUCAAGCGUGGAUCUCUAUCGCAUAUAUCAGCGAAGCCAGUUUCGAAUCCAUCUUCUGGAUCGCAAAAUUAUAAUCAAAUUACGGAGUAUCCAUUCUUUCCUAGUUUAACUUUACAUCCGAGACCAAGUCGUUCUAGACCAAUGGAUAGUGCUGGGCGAGUGUUAGCUUGUAAUACUUGUCAAGCCCAUUUAUUACAACAGUGGCAAAUGUAUUCUGCCAAGGGAAUCCAACAUGCUGAUCGAAACUACGUAUUUAGGAAACGAGCUGCCCCUGCAAUGGAAGCUUCAUCUUUUGUGUGCUUUAUUUGUGCCUCAGAAUUCCCAUCGUCUUGUGUUCGGAAUUUAUAUUGCUAUCAGAAUACUGAACGUGAACCGUAUUAUCCUUCUUUGCUUAAUCUGAAACCACCGCCUGGGGGUAAUCCCGUGAAUAGUCAAGGAAUAGUACAAGUAUGUUCCAUAUGUUACAAAACCGUUCCCCAAAAACACCAAGCCUUCGGCGGAGAAUCAUCGUCGUCGUUAUCAAGCAACGCAUCCUACACCGCUGCAUCGUCUUUGAAAUCCGCCGACAUUAGAUUCCGUCCAUAUGAUAUAGAUAGAUCAAAGUCGAACGCUUCUUCUAUCGCGUCUGCGGAAUCAAAGCAUGGAGUUUUACAAUCUCAGAACAACGAUGUAGCAAAUUCCGUAGGAGAGAAUCAUGUUACUCCAGUGCUUGGCGCGCAAAAUUAUCGAUGUUAUAUAUGUAGCGGUUUGUAUUCCCGUACUCAGAUGGAAUGGUUAAGUACGAGCGCCGAAGGAAUGAAUUCGCACGCUAUGCAUUUUCCGUGUCUUCGUACUUUAGCGCGAUCUUCGGAAAAUUCAUGCGUCGAUUCUCAAGGCCGUGUGUUAGCUUGUGUUAAUUGCGUGAAUUACCUGUCUAAACAAUGGGAAACGUUGGAAUCGGAAAGAGUUCCUUUAGAAAGAAGAAGGUAUGAUGUUCCUACCCAGCAAGCGAAUGGAAACACUCCACCGCCGCCGCCUAUUGCUGCUCCAAAUUCGUCGUCGAUUUAUUGUUUUUUAUGCGGUCUUCACUCGGAUUUAACCCUUGCCAGGGUUUUGUAUAGCAGACCUCAGGGAAGAAAUGCGCCUUAUUUUCCAUCCAUGUUACAACAUAAAUGCCAUCCUAAUGCGGAACAGUUGCGGGAAGACAGUUCGGCCUUAGUGUGUACAUUUUGUUACCAUACUUGUAUUGCUCAAUGGCGUAAUUACGAGAGUGCUUCAACACCCGCUAAUGAAAGACAAUACAACUUUCGCGACUAUUGUUGUUUCGUUUGCAAUGUGAUAACGUACAGAAAGAGAGUACGAGCUCUUCCUGUCAAUGAUUUCCCAUUUCUACGCUUACACCCACAGACUGAAAAAUCGUUGCUUCUGGAGAACGGAGAUUAUGCUGUAGUUUGCUUGGACUGUUACGAAACGUUGAGGACACAAUCGCAAGAAUACGAACGUUGGGGUCUUCCUAUAGAAAAAAGAGAAUAUAAUUGGUUGACACAGCCACCUCCGCCGGAAGAUAGUCCCGAAGUAUCGGUAGCCAGAUUACCUUCGGGUCAAAAAUCGCAUAUUGUUAAGGCUUCCCCGCAAAUCGCUUCCAUUAGUAAAAAUAUCAGUAAAAAUGUAAAAUCUGUUGAUAAAAAGGGUGUUCCUGUUUCAGCUGUUAGUAAAGUACCAGAUACAAAUUUAUUAAAACAACAGCAGCAGCAGCAGCAACAAAUGAACGCUUCGAGUAAACUGCAAUCGCGUACCGGUGUUCCUCAAUAUACAGUAAUUAAUAAUCCAAGUAUUUUACCUCAAGUACCGGGUAGUCCAACCAAUCGAUCUUUCGCAGCGGCUCUUCGUAAUUUAGCUAAACAAAUUGGACCCGGUCCAAGCACCAGUCCGGAUAACGGAGGGGUUGCAGUGUCAGAUCGAGAGAAUACAACGGCCGAAGCGGAAGCCAGCAGAUCUUCGCCGAAGAACCGAGUAACCUCUUCGUUAUUACAUAAUAAUUCACAAAAUCAACACGUUUCCAAAAGCGUAGAAAAAGAUAAAAGCUCAGAACCAAGGAGCGGAUUUCAACCGUAUCGACCGGAUGAAAGUCGCACCACGUUACCAAGCGGGCAAUCUCCAUCUACGCCUUCACCAUAUGCCUUAGAUCCUUCCGCAGCCGUUGCUUACUCGCCGUAUCAUCAUGCAGCCGCAGCUGCGGCCGCCGCUGCCGGAUUUUACUCGCCUCAUAUGCAACACGCGUAUAGAUUAGAAGAACAGUUGUAUUUGGAAAGAUGCGGCGUACCGAUGUUCCCUCCUGUACCAUACCCUUCGCCACUGUAUGGUAUGAUGCCGACCGCAUUGGGUCUAAUGUCACCAGCUAUUCACGAACGAUUAAAAUUAGAAGAAGAUCAACGACAAAGAGAACUACAAGAAAGGGAGCGCGAACGUAGUGAAAGAGAAAAAAGGGAUAAGAAUAAGAAAAGUCCGCGCGCUUCGCCUUCUCACGGUCAUCUUCCAGAUUUCUCAGCUAGGAAGGCGUCAGUAACAACACCUUCUGUUUUUGGCAACCAUCGCAGCAACAGCCAAUCGCCAAUAUCGCAACCGUCGUCUUCAAAAUUACCUCAAUCGUCUCCAACGACGUCCGCAAAUCAGUUACCAUUCGGUUCAUCGACUUCGUUCAUGAGACCGUUCGAGGACAAUUACGCUUCGCAUUCUUCCACGACGCCAACGGCGACGGCGACGGCGACUGCAACUGCAACAUCAACGGCGACUGCAACUGCAACGACGCUGGCUGCCGCGAAAAACAACUCGUUUUUCUCGUCUCUAUCCGAUAGCGUGAGUUCGCUGUCCACAACCAGUUUCAACGCUGCGAUGGCCGCGCCAAAACUGUCGAAUUUUUUCGACUGUUUUCCACUGACAAAGACGCCAGAUAGCGGCGCGUUCGUUGAUCCGCCGUCGGUUCAUUUAUCGUCUCAGACGGCGUCUUCGUAUCUGAGCGCAUCCGCAUCUGAAUUAAAUUCGUUUCAGCCUUCCGGUUCGUCGUUGAGCAGCGCCUCGUUCAAGCCGUUCGCAUCGUAUCCGUACGAUCUAAUACAGUAUCCGCCUUUUAAAAAUCAUCUCGUCGGUUCAGCUUCCGUAUCUCCUCCGUUGGCGAAAAAAACCAAAACCACGUCGACAAACCACGAAAACUCGACUGCCACCGUUAAAAACGACGCAACUUCGGUGGUUUCGGCGCCCACGCGCUCUAAACCCAAUCGUACAUCUAAUAAAAAUCGUACUAAAAGUACUACCAAGAUUUCCGAUGAUAAAAAGAAAGUCGCGCCUGCCGAUGAAAUUAACGCUACGCCUCUUAAUCUGUCUACCAAUAAUGACGGCGUAGCCGCUAAUGAUAUUGCCAUCGAUAACGAAAAGGAAAAUCCGGCCAGUGAAAUUGAUAAAGCUAUUUGCUUGACGACGCAAGAAGAGAAUUCGGCAUCAAAGAGUAUCGUAGCCGAAGCUAACUGAUAUCUAAUUAGCUAAAGUCUGCCUAGAGUGAGCUUUGAAUAUCCGCAAAGCCAACUCUUGACAUCUUUUCAAAAGCUAUCGAAUAGAAAUAUCGUUGACUCGACAACGAAUGGCAGACAGUUACAUCGAAAUAAUAUCAGUUUUGAAACGCCGUUUUAAGCCAAAACCAUCUAUAUACGUUAUUUUGCUGAAGAAUCGCUGCAUUAGAUUGAAACGCCUCCUCCUCCUCCUCCUUCAAAAAUUGAACUGAAAUUUCUUGCUACAUUUGACCGAUCACACAUUGAAUGAAAUGAAGUAUGUCCCCUGUGAUAAGAAAUAUAAUUUCCUGGGAUAAUUGAGAAUGCUUCUGUGAAGUGAAUUGAAAUUAAAUCAAUCAAACUAGUCUAAUAAUUGAGAGAUGAAUCUACGUAUUAUUAGCUUUUGUUCGUGAAAGAACUCCAAUGAAAUGUAAUGAAGAAAUUUCAGCUUAGAAAAAAACAUGACAUUUGGUGGGCGUUGUAACAUACAAAGUGUUCUGAGUGAUUCAGCAGGCAUUGGCGAUUAAAUUGAGAGCGUUAUACAUUGGAAAUGACCAUUCAACGGUAGACAGGCCGAAGCUCAAAUUAGCUAUAAGUACGUGACUUUUGUUCUAUGGUAGUGAUGAAUCGUAAAUAUGCGUAGUUUCGAUGUAAAAAAAUUAAACAAAUAAGAUUUCAGGCAUAUGAAAAUUUUUUAUUUGUUUUCGUGGUUUGUUAUUCGUGUAUCUUUGUGUUUUUUCGGCUUACGUACGUAAAUAUUUAAUAUUAUUUCAUAACGAAUUAAUUACCCUUGUCAAUUACUCGAACUGAUACUUACGUUAAUGAGAGGUUACUUAUUCGCGUAAAAAAUUAAUAUCGAAUUUUUGGUUUUAUUGUAUCGAUGAAAAUGUAAAAUAUUUUUUUUAUUCUAGUCCUUUUUCUACAUGACUUUUUUCCGAACUUGUAACCACGUUUUUUUUUUUAUAUAAUGUAGGCAUACGUUUGUCAGAUGUUCGUGAUUAAUUGUAUCGUUUACUUUAGGUAUUAUUUCAACGUGAUUAAAUCAAUUCAAAAAUCGUAUUCUCCCGUUCUUUCUCAAUUCCAAGAUGAUGUCGUAUGAGAUUUUUUUUAAAAAAUUGUUCGAUUAGCGUUUCUUUUCAUCGUUUUGAUAGUGUAACUUUCGAAAAAAUAUGAAUAUUAUUUCAAUUUAUGUGAUUCUAAGGGCCAUAUUCAUAGACGUUACUUAAGGGACACUUGGCUAAGUGGUGAAUUUUAAAGCAAUUUUUCCAAGCGUGAUUGAAUUUUUGAAAUUUUGUUUUUGAAUAAAUUGAGAGAUUGGACUCCGAAGUGUUGAUUUAUCAUUUUACAAAUAUAAAAUUUUUAUUCGUUCGUGAGAAAAAUUGCAUCAAAAUUCACCACUUAGCCAAGUGUCCCUUAAGUAACGUCUAUGAAUUCGGCCCUAAUUUCAAACACAUUUUUGGAUUGUAAAUUUAAUAUUAUCAACGUGCUUUCUGUUAAUAUAAAAUGGGUUGAUUAAAUAUGGUUGAACUCAGGGUCUGGCGAAAUGGAACAACUGAAAAAUGUGUAGUUAAUAUGAAUCGAUCGUCUACCUAAAAUGAAUAGGUAGGUAAUAUUUAAUGGAAACUAGAUCCCUCUGACGUUACAUUUCUGGAUAACCCUGUUUUCCUUUUGAUUUUCUGUGUUAUCUCUUACUGAUAUUUUUGUGCCCUUCGAUUCCUUCGACUACCUAGUCAUUUUUAUCUUUUUCCCCUAUUUUUUGUCGUUCGAAAAAAACGUGUAAUGCUCUUUUUAUCUUUUUGAAAUUAAAUUUUAGUUAAGAAUGUAAAUAAUGCGCGAUUGAGUGUUUAUAAUGGGAAUCAAAUAUGUCAUUUUUCAUGUCGAUCUGAUGAUUUUUGAACGUACGUAAUGUAUUUGCAUGUGCUGUGAACGUGACAUUUUUGAUUUGUUAGGUAAAAAUGUAUGUAUGGCUUUUGAUAAAUGUAUAUCUCCGUUUAUGUAUAUUUUUGUUGCGUUUCGAUUUCGAUAAUUAUAAUAUGUAUGUACCUAACUCCCGUAUUGUUGAAUUUGGUUGAUCAUCGUGUUUAUUUUGCCGACUUGUCGAAUUUUCCUAUUUUUCUCACAACAUUUUUUGAAAUGAGCGUAUUUGCGACCUUUUUUAUUGUUACGUAUAUAUUUCUUUUGUACAUACUUUGUAUUAAUGGCUUGCUGCAAGCAAGUGAUUCGAAGCAGAUCUGUUGUCUGUGUGGCAUUCGCUCAAAUCGUUCAAUCAAAAAAAAAAAAAGAUAUUUCAAACCGUAUUUGGUUGUAUUACUUUCUGGAACCUGGAUAUUUGAUUCAAGUAAAUUGUUUUUGAAAAUUGGGUUCUCCAGUUGGUAGUUUGAAAAUGAAAUCUCACGGUGUGAAAAAAAAGGAAUAGACUAUCAAGUUCCUAAAACAAAGUUCUGUCCCAUUCUUCAAAUUUUAAUCUCGAGUACGCGAAAAAUGAUCUAGAUCAGCCGGUUCAAAGAUUACGAGAAUCUUUUUAUUUCCACGUUUACCUUUCUUUUAUAAUCUUAAUCAUAAUAUAUUUUACAACAAUAAAUUGUGAUCCGUUUUUAUUUUAAAAUAUUGUAUUUAUUUCAAUAGUUUUGUUACUGUUUGAUCGUAAUAAAUUAUUUUUCCUAUUAAA